UUCUAUAUUUUUUUGGAAUACUUUUUUUUAUUGGAACACCUUUGAUUCUUUCUAUAUAUACAAAUAUAAAAUCCCCUCUUCCUCUUAAACCUCUCUCUCUCUCUUUAACAUGCCUAUGAUGCAAGAACUAAGCUUAGAACGUUUCUCCAACGACGUCUUUCCCUUAGACCUAACUCCUCCUUCUCAAACCUCACCUACUUCUCUCUCCAUAGACGAAGAAGAAUCAUCCGAGGCCAAGAUCCGACGGCUGAUAUCAGAGCAUCCAGUGAUCAUCUUCAGCAGAUCUUCUUGUUGCAUGUCACACGUCAUGAAAAGACUCCUCACUACUAUAGGAGUUGUCCCCACCGUCAUCGAGCUUGAUGAUCACGAGGUUUCCUCUCUCCCUAUGGCUCUUGAAGAAGAAUAUUCCGGCGGUAGCUCAGUGGGUUUUCCCUCUCCGGCGGUUUUCAUUGGCCGUGAGUGUGUUGGUGGCUUUGAGUCCCUCGUCGCCCUCCAUCUAAGUGGUCAUCUUGUCCCUAAGCUUGUCCAAGUUGGAGCUCUUUGGGUAUGAUUGUAAUUUACUUCUUGCUUUUUUUAUAGUACUUUACAGUAUCAAAAGCAGAAUUUUAGGGUUUCUCUUUUUUGAUUAUUUUCUGAUGAUCAAAAUUAUAUACCCAUGUUAGAAAAUGAAUUAUGAAUAAUAAUUAAAGAUGUGUAAUAA